AAAAAAGAUGAGUCAAGUUGUGCUUGUAACGAUUGCCGCCGCAAUUGGGAAUCUGUUGCAAGGAUGGGAUAAUUCAACCAUUGCAGGGGCUAUUCUUUACAUAAAGAAGGAAUUUAAUUUGGAGUCCGAACCCACAAUGGAAGGCCUAGUUUUAGCAAUGUCAAUCAUCGGGGGAACAAUCAUUACAACAUUUGCGGGACCGGUGUCAGAUUUGUUUGGACGACGACCUAUGCUGAUAAUCUCAUCAGUUCUAUAUUUUAUCAGUGGUCUGGUAAUGCUGUGGGCUCCCAAUGUCUACGUUCUUCUUUUGGCAAGGCUCUUAGAUGGUUUCGGAAUUGGCCUUGCUGUCACUCUUGUUCCCAUUUACAUAUCUGAGACAGCCCCUCCUGAAAUCAGGGGACAAUUGAAUACAGUUCCUCAGUUCGCUGGUUCUGGGGGAAUGUUCUUUUCAUACUGCUUGGUGUUUGGAAUGUCCCUGAUGGACUCGCCAAGUUGGAGAUUGAUGCUUGGUAUUCUUUCUAUUCCCUCCCUGGUUUAUCUGGCUUUAACACUAAUCUACCUGCCUGAGUCUCCACGCUGGCUUGUCAGUAAAGGGCGGAUGACUGAGGCUGAACAGGUUUUGCAAAGACUACGUGGCAGGGAUGAUGUCACAGGCGAAUUGGCUUUGCUGGUUGAGGGUCUUGGCGUCAUGGCUGCAACAUCCAUAGAAGAGUACAUAAUUGAGCCAACAGAUGAGCAAAUUGAUACUCAGGAAACAGCAGCCGGGAAAGAUCAAAUUAUCGAUGAGGGUCUCUCAUGUGUUGCUAAACCUAUUACUAGGCACAGUUCUCUUGGCAUGGUGUCCCGUCAUGGAAGCUUGGCCAAUCAAAGCAUCCCUCUUAUGGAUCCUCUUGUGCCUCUCUUUAAUAGUGUCCAUGAGAAGCUCCCUAACUCGGGAAGCAUGCACUUUUCAAACACAGGCAACAUAUUCAACUUGGGAGAACAUCAUGGUAAAACUGAUCAAUGUUGGGAUGAGGAGAGUCACAUGGAUGAAGGCUACACAUCUGAUGCUGCCUUGAUCAAUUCUGAUGAUGAUUUGCAAAGCCCAUUACUCUCACGUCAAAUGACUGGUAUGGAUAAAGACAUGGCGCCUUCUACAUCCCAUGGCAGCCACUUAAGUGUAGGACGUAAUGGUAGCCACGUGCUAGGAAAUGAAGCGGUCAGUCAUGCAGAUAUUGGUGGCGGUUGGCAAUUGGUGUGGAAAUGGUCUGAGAAAGUGGGUGAAGAUGGGAAAAGGGAAGGAGGAUUUCAAAGAAUCUAUUUGAACCAAGAGGCUGCCCUUGGAUCUCGGCAUGGGUCCCUCCUUUCUGUUCCUGCUGGUGCAAUGCCUGAAGAUGGGGAACUUUUGCAGGCUGCUACUUUCGUUAGCCAGCCAGCUCUUUGUUUAAAGGCUUUGAUGAGUCGGCAUUCAAUUGGACCAGCAACAGUUUACCCAUCGGAGACUGUUGCUAAUGGGCAAACUUGGCGUCAUCUUCUCGAACCAGGAGUUAAGCGUGCAUUGUGUGUUGGGCUGGGACUUCAGAUUCUUCAGCAGAUUUCUGGCAUAAAUGGGGUUCUGUACUAUGGUCCUCAGAUUCUAGAGAAAGCAGGUGUUUCAGUUCUUCUGUCAAAUAUGGGCAUUAGUUCAGCCUCUGCAUCUCUCCUCAUUAGUGCUCUUACGACGUUUUUUAUGCUUCCUUGCAUAGCUCUUGCAAUGAACCUAAUGGAUAUCGCUGGUAGAAGGUCGCUGCUACUCUACACAAUACCUAUCCUAAUAUUGUCGCUCAUUGCACUAGUGUUUAGCAGCGUAGUCAAUAUGGGGUCCGUUGUUAACGCAACAGUAUCCACCAUUGGCGUAGUGGUCUACACCUCCAUCUUUGUCAUGGCUUUUGGGGUAAUUCCUAACAUCCUUUGCUCAGAGAUCUUUCCGACUCGUGUUCGUGGCCUCUGCAUAGCUAUCUGUGCCCUCGCGUAUUGGAUUGGAAAUAUCGUUGUCACUUACUCAACUCCUCUGUUGCUCACCUCCAUAGGCCUUGCUGGUCUCUUUGGUAUCUACGUUAUUGGAUGCAUCAUUUCAUGGAUAUUUGUUUUCUUGAAGGUUCCUGAAACCAAGGGCAUGCCUCUAGAAGUCAUAUGUGAGUUCUUUGCUGUGGGUGUAACGCAGGCUGCUGAUAGUAAGGAUAAUUGACUUUAAUUCUGCUGGAAUUCGAGCUGGAUGAUUCAUAAACCCCGCGGGGGGGUAUUUGUAUUGUAAAACACAAAUCCGAAAUGGGGUUCUUAUUAGGAGAAAGAAUAUGAUGAACUUUGCAACUAAACUGCAUUUCUCUGUCCUUUAGUCUUUUUUUUUUCUUUUCUAUUGUCCCCUUUCUUUAACUGUUUUAUUUUUAUUAUUUAUAUAUUCUGAGGUAUUUGGAACUCGACUGAACAUCUCUGUCCAAUAGACCAAGGAACAUUCAAUUGGUUUCAGUCUGAUAAAGUUUUAGGCAAAAAAACAACUUUCCUCUGCA